UACAACCUCUGCGCGAGAGCCAGGAAUAACCACUAAACCACAUUUAAACUGCUGCUAAGCUUCCCUGUCACUUGCAAAAAUGUGUGAGAACGCCGACCGUCUGAACAAAUUCAAGAACAAAGGCAAAGAUGCCAAUGAACUUCGACGCAGGCGGGUGGAAGUGAACGUGGAGCUCCGAAAGGCGAAGAAAGAUGACCAGAUGUUCAAAAAGAGAAAUGUGACAGUGGACCCUGAGGAGGCCACUUCCCCUCUGCAGGAGAGGACCCAGAACUGUCAGACCUUCAGACAGUGGACGGUUGAGGAGAUUCUGAGCGGCGUGAACAGCGGAGACGCAGAGUGUCAGCUGCAGGCCACUCAGGCGGCACGGAAGCUCCUCUCCCGGGAGAAGAACCCCCCCAUCAACCAGCUGAUCAGCGCCGGCCUCAUCCCGAGGUUCGUCUCCUUCCUGGGGCUCGUCGACUGCCCCCCCACCCAGUUCGAGGCGUCCUGGGCGCUGACCAACAUCGCCUCCGGGACGUCGGACCAGACGGCCGCCGUGGUGGAGGGCGGAGGGAUCCCCGCCUUCAUCAGCCUGGUCACCUCCCCCCACCAGCACAUCAGCGAGCAGGCCGUGUGGGCGCUCGGAAACAUCGCAGGUGAUGGCUCUGCUCUCAGAGACCGGGUGAUCAAACAUGGCGCUGUGGCCCCUCUGCUCUCUCUGCUGUCCGUCCCCGACCUCUCCGCACUCAGUGUGGGCUACCUGAGGAACGUGACCUGGACUCUGUCUAACCUCUGCCGCAACAAGAACCCGUCCCCCCCCAUCACGGCCAUCCAGCAGAUCCUCCCCGCCCUGGUCCGCCUGCUGCACCACGACGACCGGGAGGUGUUAGCGGACGCCUGCUGGGCCGUGUCCUACCUCACGGAUGGGUCCAACGACCGCAUCGAGGUGAUGGUGCAGACCGGACUCAUCCCUCGCCUGGUCAAGCUGCUCGGCUUCGAGGAGCUGCCCGUCGUGACCCCUGCGCUGCGAGCCAUCGGCAACAUCGUGACUGGUACCGACGAGCAGACGCAGGCGGUGCUGGACUCCGGCGCCCUCGCCAUGUUCCCCGCUCUGCUGCGCCACAAGAAGGCCAACAUCCAGAAGGAGGCGGCCUGGAUGCUGUCCAAUGUCACGGCCGGGAAGGACUCGCAGAUCCAGGAGGUCAUCAACGCCGGCAUCGUCCCCUACCUGGUGGACGUGCUCGUCAAGGGUGACUACAAAACCCAGAAGGAGGCGGUGUGGGCCGUGACGAACUUCACCAGCGGCGGCUCCGUGCAGCAGGUGGUCUACCUCGUCCAAGCUAACAUCCUCGAGCCCUUGCUGAACCUCCUCUCCUCCAAGGACAGCAAAAUCGUCCUCGUCCUCCUAGACGCCAUCACCAACAUCUUCAUGGCCGGGGAUAAAAUCGGAGAGUCGGAUAAGCUGAGUCUGAUGGUGGAAGAGUGCGGCGGACUCGACAAGCUGGAAGCUCUGCAGUGUCACGAGAACGAGAUGAUCUACAAAGCUUCCCUCAACCUGAUCGAGAAAUACUUCUCCGAAGAGGAGGAGGUGGUGCAGUCUGUGGUUCCAGAAGUGACCGACGACGGCUAUGCGUUCCAGAUCAGCGAAAACCAAACCUCUUUCAACUUCUAGAGACUUUCAACUUUCUGAUUUCCUCUUCUUCUCUAAACUUUACUGUACCUCUCGCCUCUCUGCUGUCCGUCUUCUUUCAGUGUGUUGUACAUACUGUUUUAAUGUGACAAAACGUGACUGUAAAUAAAGUUGUUUGUACCACG